AUGCUACCCGAUAGUGAGAUCCUUACAGCCAACGCGCGCUUCCAAGCACUGAUGGACCGAGUAGCCACACUUGAACAAAUAGUUCAGACGGUCACUCCCUUGCAAGCCAAAGUCACCGAACUCGAGGAGACUGUUCAGAAGUACCGUGAUAUGCUGGACUUCAUUCUUUCGAACGAAGAUUUCUUCACAAGCCUGACCGUCAACCUCAACCCUCGAUUACUCAGCCUCGAAUCCAACGUCCAGAAGAUGACGUCACAAUUACCACCCAUCACUCGCGCAGAACUAGGCAAACUAUUUUAUGAUCACAAGACCGAUGUCACCAACACAGUGAGUGCCAUCUUCCAAUCAACUACACCUCACUCCAGCAAUAGCUCCCCUUCGAGGCCAAAAGUAGCACCCCCCGCAGUCUUCUCCGGCAAGCGUGAAGAUUGGAAAGGGUUUCAGGCUCAGCUGGAACUCUUCUUCGUUGCUGUGCUAUAA